AAAGGGCUUUACCUCCACAUGGACUCUGGGGAGUGUCGUGUCUGGUGCCUGGGGAAUUAUCACAAACACAGGGAUUGCUUCCCAUUGAUGUGACCAACCUCACUGCGAGUGUUGCUAUGGUAGCUUGUGGAUGGAGUGACUGAGAACAAAUGGGGUGUGUUUUCCUGCUCGUGGUGCUGGUAUGGUGAAGGGGGCGCUAAUUCAGUACACAGAAAAGGGGGUUUUCCUAAACAAUGGGAGGAUUGUGUGCUUGUCCUUUCAGGGAAAGAGCAGAAGUGAGCUUAGUGUACAUCGCAAAGAUCCCUGUAGUGUCGCUUUUCCGCAUUAACCUAACGCUCCCACCUUCAUGCACUGAAACAUUUCCUCUAGCCUGGCUGUCAGUCUAAGCUUUCUCACUCAUGGGCAGUGUUUUUUGCCAGCGGGCUUGACUUGCAGCAGGAUGCCUUCACAGAGAAAAAUGUGCCUGAGUGAGACAGACGGGACUAGCCCAUGAAUCAGUGCUGCCUGCUCUCACACUAAUCAGGAAAGUGUUUGUGUGUGUGUGUGUGUGUGUGUGUGUGCUGGUAUUGUGCUCGGUACUGCAUUGUAUGAGUUGUGGUGGACCCUGCCUUGCAACAAAUUCAAUCUGACAGCAGGAACUGGGUGCAAUGCGACCACUACUCCAGUCCCCCUCCCCCAUAGGAGUUGAACCCAACAUCAGUGGUCAUUAUAUAACUCCCUCUACUCUUUCCUCUGUCUCUGUGACAGACUGGGAUUGUUCAGCAGAGUGUCAUGGGGUUGGAAGUUAAAUUACUGUCUUUUUUUUUUUUCUUGUCAUCUCUCAGUCUCUCCCCCCUGCUGCCUAAGCUUCUGACUCCUUCUCUCUCAGUUCACUUCAUUUCAGUUACUGGCACGUCAUACUAGAAGUGUACCAACUGUGAAAGCACAGGCUCAAUUAAAGAAAAAAAAAAAGAAAUCUAUUUGUUCUGCUGCAGCAGCUUAUUUACUGAUAUGAAUAUAAAACAAGGCUGGAAUAAAAUGACAUCCUUGCCCUGCUCGCCUCCAAAAAGUGUUGUUUUCCAUUAACUUGAACACAUCUGUUUACAGUCCUGCACUCUGUGUGCUCUCUUCCUCUCUCUCACUCUGCUCCCUUAUUUCUCUCUCUCCCUCUCACACACAUACACACACUCUAGUUUCGGUAGUGCUCAAUUGCCAUAGCAACAAGGAUUGGCAAAUGCUCCAAAUAUCUGUGCUCAACCAGUCAGUCACAAAUAACAUCCUCAUGGGCUUCAAACAUGCUGAUAACUGGCGUUUAUGUACUUAGGCAAUACAUACAUGAAUACAAGUGUGUGUGAAACACACUCCAGCCUAUAGGAUUGGUUAUUCAUUUGGUGACUCAAUGCCAUGCAAUCUGCACGCAGAAGAUUUGUGAUGAAUCUACAACAAAUCAGGACGAUAAGCUCCAUAGACAAAAGUAUGGGACACACCUCUUUAUUAUUGAAUUCAGGUUUGGUAUGGAGCUGGUUUUCACAGGUUGGGCUCGGCCCCUUAAUACCAGUGGAAGGAAAUCUUAAUGUUUCAGCAUACCAAGACAUUUUGGACAAUGCUAUGCUUCCAACUUUGUUUUGGUGAAGACCCUUUUCUGUUCCAGCAUGACUGUGUCCCAGUGCACAAAGCAAAGUCCAUAAAGACAUGUUGGAUGAGUUUGGUUUGAAAAAACUUGGAGCCCUGACGUCAACCCCCAUCAAACACCUUUGGGAUGAACUGGAACAGAGAUUGUGAGCCCAUCAGUCAGUGCCUGAACUCACUAUUACUCUACUGCAUGAAUAGACAAAAAUUCCCACAGAAGCACAACAACAAAAUCUUGUGGAAAGCCUUCCCGGAAGUGUGGACGCUGUCAUAGCUAUCUGUGUAUUUGGAAUGUCAUAAAAAUCCCUGUUGGUGUGAUGAUCAAGUGUCUCAGUACUUUUGGCUAUAUCGUGUAUAUACCAUGACUGUUACAGCAGACCUGAGGUUCCCGUAGACUCUUAAAACGGAGACGCCGUACGGAGCCGUUCUAAUAUAACUGAUGGUGGGAAAGAUAGUCUGCGCUCUAUAAUUUGUCCGCGUAACGCUGCGUCUCCGUGCGUCUCUUCGUCAUUAUCCAAUGUACAUCCAUCUGGUCGCACUGCAUCAGCUGCCACGACGGGGCUAGUGUGGACGUCACAGAUUUUCUUUCUCUCCUUUCCUCGCCUUCCCCCUCUGUUUUUUUUCACCAGAGCAUCUCUCCCCUUCUGCUCUCUCUCUCUCUCUCUCUCUCUACGCCGCCCACUCCACUCACCGCCGCCUCGCCGGCUUCUUCGCCUCACCACAUCGCCCGCUGCCCCUUUCUCUGCGUUUUUUUUUUCAGGGAGACGUUUUAAAGCAAAAGAAAUCACCAUGGCGAGCACCGAGGAUAAAUCGGCCAACAAGGAGACCACUUCCAGCUGGAAGGACUCCCUCUACAACCCGAGGACCGGGGAGCUGCUGGGUCGCACGGCCAGCAGCUGGGCCCUCAUCCUGUUGUUCUACCUGGUUUUCUACUGCUUCUUGGCUGGUAUGUUCGCUCUAACCAUGUGGGUGAUGCUGCUCACUCUGGAUGACAAUGUGCCGAGGUACCGAGACCGCGUGCCCUACCCAGGGUUGGUGAUUCUUCCAAAUUCACUGGACAUCACAUUCAACAAAUCUGACCCACUUAAGUAUGCACAGUAUGUCCAAAACCUGGAGUCCUUCCUGAAAGUAUAUAAUGAUACAGAGCAGGACAAGAACGAGGACUGCCCUCAAGGACAGUAUUUUCUGCAGGACGACAGCGAGGAGGAGACAAAGAAAGUUUGUCGCUUCAAGAGGGGCUCCCUGAGUCUGUGCUCUGGCCUCUCCGACACCAACUUUGGAUAUUCUGAGGGCAAACCAUGUGUGCUGCUGAAAAUGAACAGGAUCAUCGGCCUGAAGCCUCGUGGGGAUCCCUACAUCAACUGCACAGUAAAAAGAGACAACCCAAUCCAAAUGCAGUAUUUCCCCGGUGAGGGACGUAUUGACAAGAUGUAUUUCCCCUACUAUGGCAAGAAAAGCCAUGAGAAUUAUGUGCAGCCUUUGGUGGCUGUGAAGCUGCUGCUGACCAAGGAGGACUACAACAAGGAGCUGCCGGUGGAGUGCAGGGUAGAGGGCUCUGACCUCCGCAACAACGACGAUAGGGACAAGUUCCUGGGCCGCGUCACCUUCAGGAUCAAGGUGGUUGAGUAGAAGCGAAGAUGGCCGGUAAAAGGAAACCCAAUGCAGAGGCUGCCAACGUUUACUAAGGAUUUAUGUUUAAAAUAUUUCUUAAAAAAAGGAAGGAAGAGUCAAAUACGUCACAAAGAUGGUAUUUUUGUGUAUUUGGCCAAACAGUCGGAUGCAGAUUAGUUUGGAGAGCCAGUCAGACACAGAUAUUGAAUGUUGCUUUGAUGACAUUUCUGACACUUCUUUCCUUCAUGAUCCCUUUCUGACCUCGUUAAAGAUCCCCAGAACAAGACACAGGCUCUGCUGCUCCUCUGACCCCACCCAUCCAUCCAUCCAUCCAUCCAUCCAUCCAUCCAUCCAUCCAUCCACCCACCCACCUAUCCACCCACCCAUCCGCCCAUCCUUUUAUUCACCUGUUGCACUUUUCAUUCCCCAAUCAGUUUAUUCUUUUUUUGGCACUGAUGUGAUUAGAUAACUGAUAGCCAUUGCAAGCAAGCCAUUUGGAGCUAUUGUGUAAGUGCUGAUACAACUUUUUUUGACAUGUUUUUCAGAUCUUCCUGUUGUCAGGAAGAGAGCGUUUUUUUUUCAUCUUUCCAAACCGUAUGGACGACUGUGUUAUCGCUAGUGUUGAGAGGAUUUUUAUCUUGCUGUAUAGUGCAACUGAGAAAGUAGAACAUUUCUCUCCAGAGUAUUCACAUUAUCACAUUACAAAGACUUCAUAGGAACGUACCUUGAUAAUCAAGUAUAGCCACUGUAUCCCUGUAUAUGAAAUGCCAGUUACAAAGUCCCUUUCUACAUAUAAAUACAUUGUGAUCUUUACCAUAUUUAGGGAAUUAUAGAUAGAUCUUUGUGUUGUGGUCUGCAUGGCCACAACCCAGUCUCGUGCUGUCUGUCUGUCCGUCUGUCUGCAUGUCUGUCUGUCUGUCUGCCCGUCUUCCUGUUUACUCACCUCUCCACUGCAAUAGCCAACAUUGUGGGUGAGCCCUCCAGGACUAGAUGAGUUGUUUUGCUCCACCUCGCGAGGGUGCUGAGUAUUGAUAGUGGCUGAGGCGACACACACACACACACAUAUAUACACACACACAUACACAGAAAGUACAGUGUAAAAACUGCUUUUAAGGCGGAGAGGCGCUGGGAAAGCGUUUCAAAAAUAUAAAGUUCACUGUAACUAUGUACUGUAUAUCUUUACGUGAUCUGUAUAUCUAUCUGGGUCUCAAAGAUUGUUUGUUAGUUUUCUCUCUUCUUCAGCCUGUCGAUCUGAUUGUCUGCCAAUCUAUUACUCUUCAAUGUAUAUAUAUAUACACUAUCUACAAUAUUUACUUAAUUCACACUGUAUUUUUGUCACAAAACACAAUGUCUGUGCACUGUAAAGAAAUAAUUUAAGCAAAGAUUUACAGGAAAUUAUCUUAUUCAAAGCUAUGUUUACACAGUCUUAAAAGGAGCCCGCAUUUGAAAGAACAACUUGUAACAUCUCUUCAGGGUGCCUUAAGACCUGAUGAAAUAAAUUGUGGAAUAAAAGUGAUUUU